CGAGAAGGGAGAGUUCGGCGGCUUUGGAUCCGUUUCCGGUAAGAUAGAGAUCGAGAUAAAGAUCAAUCACGAGGGUGAGGUGAAUAGGGCCCGGUUUAUGCCCCAAAACCCGUGUAUAAUCGCCACCAAAACGCCGUCGAGCGAUGUCUUGAUCUUUGACUACACGAAACACCCGUCAAAGCCGGACCCGAACGGCGAGUGCGCGCCAGACCUGCGGCUCAGAGGUCACCAGAAGGAGGGCUACGGUCUCUCAUGGAAUCCCAAUCUGAACGGACAUCUGCUGAGCGCGUCGGACGACCACACGAUCUGCUUGUGGGACAUCAACGCCCCGGUGCGCGACAAGAACAUA